UACGUUUACAUUAAAAUGUGCAAUAUGUGGUAGUGAUGAAGUUGAUAUGAUAGCAUUAUCUAUAUUAUUUUUACCUAAGCAGAAUUCAAUCAACUUAUUACUACUCAUUUAACAUUUGUACGUGAAAUCGGUUACAUUCUAAAAGAUGAAGAAGGUAUAUCUCGCCGCUGUAGCAGGAAAUCUGGGCAUGCUAACAGUCGGCCAAUAUUUUGGUUGGGCAUCACCAUCUUUACCUAUACUGCUGCAAGGAAAAGAUGAAACAUAUCCUGUGCGUUUGACUUCGGAAGAAGCAUCUUGGGUGGCAUCUCUACUUAUGUUAGGUGCAAUGACGGGUUCUAUUAUUUGUGCAUUUAUAGUGAAUAUUAUUGGCAGAAAAAAUACCAUGUUAUUUGCGGCCGUACCUUCAAUUAUUAGCUGGUUGAUGAUAGCCUUUGCAACGUCAUCGUGGGAACUAUAUAUAUCGAGAUUUUUAGCCGGAUUAUCUACAGGUUUCACUUAUACGAUUACGCCAUUGUAUAUUGGUGAAAUUUCACCAGCAAACAUUCGUGGUAAUUUCGGAUCCAUGCUCACAGUCAUUUCAAAAAUUGGAACCACACUUGAAUACGUGAUAGGACCAUUCCUAUCUGUAAAACAUCUCGCCCUUGUGUCCUUGAUAGGACCUUGCUUAUUUUUUGUCAUUUUCGUUUGGCUACCGGAAUCCCCGUAUCAUCUAAUGCGCCGUAACGCCAAGGAAAAGGCUAUAAAUUCGCUUGUUCAAUUGAGAGGGAAAGAAGAUGUUCACGAAGAAAUUGACACCAUUGAACGAUCUGUGAAAAUUGAUUUGGCCAAUAAAUCUAAUUUGCGAGAACUCUUCUGUAUACCUGCAAAUCGCAGAGCCUUAAUAGCCGUGGUGUCUCUAGGCACUAUUCACCAAUUGAGCGGCGUUCAAGCCGUGGAGCAAUACGCCGAAUUAAUUUUUAAUGAGAUGGGUAAUAAUUUAGAGGGCAAAUAUUCAACCAUGAUAUUGGGCGUGGUACAAGUGAUCAGCACAAUCGUCUGUAUGUUCAUUACUGAUCGCAGUGGCAGAAAAUUGCUAUUGAUUAUCUCCGCAAUCGGUUCGGCCUGUUCGACCGCCAUGGUUGCAACAUAUUUUAAUUUGCAGCAUAAUAACGUGGACACUAGCAAUCUAAAAUGGUUGCCUGCUGUCGGUGUAAUCAUGUAUGUCAUCAUGUUCUCUGUAGGUCUAUCCGCUUUACCGUUUGCCAUGAUCGGCGAAUUAUUUUCCAUGAAUGUAAAAGCUCUCGGCAGCAUGAUAAAUAUGAUCAUAGCCGGUAUCAUAUCUUUUGGCGUGACAAAAUUAUAUCUGGUCAUAGCCGAUAAUCUCGGUAUACAUGUAUCGUUUUGGAUAUUCACGGGGUGCAGUCUUGCUGGUGCUUUAUUCAUGCUUAUCUAUGUCCCUGAAACCAAAGGUAAAACUUUAGAACAGAUACAGGAGGAACUGCAAAGGUCAUCGGGUGUACAAAUAAAGAAUUUUCAAAAAAUACAAAAAAAAUUGCAGAAGGCUUAUCGAAUGUAGGAAUGUAAGAUAAGACUUCCGAAUAGCCUCUACCUCCGAAUUUGAUGAAACUUGCAGCAUUUGAAGACUAUAACAGAACACAUUUAUACAAUAAAGGAUUUUUUGCGGAAACGAGUAGAAGCAAAAAAACUCAAAAAAGGAAGUUUUCAUAUAUUUUGCAAAAGAUACUUAUAUAAAUAUACUUAUAUAAAGAUACUUAUAUAAAUAUCAGAAACGUAAAUGUGUACGCACACACAUACACACACACGCGGAGGCCUUUCGGCUCCACCUCCCGCAACCAUUUCGUCGGUAGACAAAAUACCUAAUCUUAACUUUAAACCUAAAUUUCAAUUAACUUAUACAACUUAAACUUAAACUAACAAUUUAAUACAAAAAACAAUAACUAAAUAACUAUCUGUUUAGAUUUACCACUAUGUCACGGAGUACAAUUUCUUUACAAAGGGAUGUGGGGUAAACAUUGCUUCACGUGAAAACUCGCAAACCCAUAUAGAACAAAACAUUACAGACCUCACACAGUUUAUACCUUUCAACAAUCAAAAUAACUCCUAUAUUUUUCAAAAUUUUUUCUCAAUAACUUUUUAACAAACAACAAGCAACGGUUAAAACCUUCUGAAAAUUGCUCAUAGUUAUGACCUUAGCAAGAUAUGUCAAAAUCAAAGUUGUCGGAAAUGAAUCUUAAACGGUAAUUUUACCGUCUUCUUUUUUGAAUUUCUUCGUUCCUAGUCGUUUCCGCAAAAAAUCCUUUACGAUAUGUGUUCUCUUAUGAUCUUCAAAUGCUAUAAAUUUUAUCAAUUUCGAAGGUAGGGUCUAUUCGGAAGUUGAUCUGAAAAUUGUUUUCUAAGCAAAUCGAGCUUAUAAGCAUGGCAUCGCAUUUUGCUUGAAAUAAUCUCUUAUAGUAAAUUGUAACAUUUAUUUUUUAUUGCUUCUGUUAAAUGAAAGUAUAAAGAUUAUACAAUAGUAAUGCAAUUAAUGUAUAAAAUUAACGAAUA